UGGGUCAUCAGGCAUUGGAUCGUCUGGCUCGACAGCGGGCAUCGGGUCACCAGGCAUGACAGCGGGCACCGGGUCAUCAGGCAUUGGAUCGUCUGGCUCAACAGCGGGCAUCGGGUCACCAGGCAUGACAGCGGACACUGGGUCAUCAGGCAUUGGAUCGUCUGGCUCGACAGCGGGCAUCGGCGGGCAUCGGGUCACCAGGCGUGAUAGGAUCAUCAGGCUGGAUCAGUUCAUCAGGCUGGGUACAGACAUCAGGCUGAACCACGGAAGGCAGGUUCUCAGACGGCAGGCUCACCGGUUUGGAUACUGGCAGGAUGGUAUUGGUUGGAAAGAAUUUCGCUUUUUUCUGGUUUUAACUACUGGAGCACUGCAAGUAAACGCAGGUCUGCAAACGAAUGGAGCAGCU